AUGGAUUCAGAAGUUCAGGAGCGCCUCAAGAAGCUCGGUGCCAGCGCCCGCAUUGGGUACGUAAUAGCAAGACCUUCCCCUCCCUCCGUCACGCGAUGCGGCUACCCCUCCCCGAACCAUCGAGAAAUAGACCGAGGGCCUUGUAUGAUGCGUAAGGUUAAGAGGGCGCCGGCCCGCUCUGGCACCGAUGACAAGAAGCUCCAGGCCACGUUGAAGAAGCUCAACGUCCAGCCUAUCCAGGCCAUUGAGGAGGUCAACAUGUUCAAGGAGGACGGAAAUGUCAUCCACUUUUCGGCCCCCCGUGUUCACGCCGCUGUUCAAGCCAACACUUUCGCCAUCUAUGGUAACGGCGAGGACAAGGAGCUUACUGAGCUUGUUCCCGGCAUCCUUAACCAGCUUGGCCCCGACUCGUUGGCUUCCCUCCGCAAGCUCGCCGAGAGCUACCAGCUCCAGAAGAAGGAUGAGGACGACGAGGACAUCCCCGACCUUGUUGAGGGCGAGAACUUCGAGUCGAAGGUUGAGUAA